AUGCCGGAUAUCUUCAAAGGCCCUGUCUUUAAUCCGGUUGACGGUUUUCCUGAGGGCCGCAAGCGUCGAGAGUCCAUAUUGACUAACGAAGAAAUGAUAGCUGCAAGACUAAAACCUUACGAACGAGAUUACUGCGCUCACCUUUUGCUAGCUUUCAGGAAAUGCUUAAAUGAACAUGCUAUACCAGCUUUUUUCUGUUCCGAUCAGAAACAUAAAUAUCUUCAUUGUAAAGAAAAUGACCAGUUGUAUAGAAUGAAGGAAUACGAACGCGAACGCCGUCUUUUACACAAGCGUACAUCGAUUUCAGAAUGA